UAUUAGAUACAAUAACUCACCUGGUGAUAUUUGUGAAAUAAUCGGAAGAAUUGCAGUAUUAUCAUUAUAUACUGACUGUUUUAAGAAAAACCCACUUCACUUAUCUAAAGAAGAACUAGAUAACACUGAACCUCUUGAUCAACUCAUAGAAAGAAUACAACAAAUCCCAAACACUUAUACCCAAUUAAACCCUCUAGUAGAAUUACCAUUUUAUAAUAAUCAGAUAGCUACUCCUGAUUUAUUAUUCAAUACUUUCUUAUCGACAACUCUAUACCCACCACCUUUAAAUAAUUCUCUUUUAUUUAUAAACCUAACAAUGGCUGCAACAACUGAUAAUAUCAUGAACUACCUUAAGGCAAAUACUAGUAAAUCUUUUCUACUUAAAGUAGAGCCAUUUACUGGUGAUGGUACUCAGGACCUAUAUACUUGGAUGGAAUGCUUUGAGAAAGCUGCUGCUGCUAAUAGAUGGGAUAGUAAAAGAAAAAGAGAUAUUCUUCCUAGUUUCUUAUAUGGAGUUGCUGAUGAAUGGCAAACAACCUUCUAUGCAACUCAAAAUACAGCAGGAACACCAAAUUGGG